GAUUAGGGUGAUAAAAUGCAACUGCGCAGAAUCAGACAGCUCGAUACUGAAAGUACAAGAUGGCGACAGUCAUAUGGCAGAAGCGGCAGCGUGCGGUGUACUGUAAAAAUGCCGAUCUUACCAAAAUUCAACAUAAAGAGAACGAUAAGGAGAACUUUAAAUAAAAUGCCUGGAAAAUCUUUAGGGGAAUUUCGAUUUUUACCCAUAAUGUUUUUAAUGGGUGGUUUGUUAGAGUUCGUUAUGAUACACUGGCAUGUCGGAGAGGUUAACUUCUAUAGAACAUAUAAAAGAAGAAGAAUAGAAGAAGCAGUUGAACAAAGAUUAGCAGAAAUGAAUGCACAAGUGAAUAAAUAAAUGUAUAUCGUAGUAAAUAGUAGUGACAAAUUAAUGAACAAAGAUGGAGCAUGUCUUCUGAAGACUAAUAUUACGAAGAUGCAAAGAAUGUAAUUUAUGCAAAAACAUGUACAAAGUGUAAUAAAUUGUUUUACAGAAGUAUAAACACGA